AUAUGAACGAAACUGAGGUAAAAGUUGAAAUAAAAGCAGAAGAUAAUGCCAAACUCGGCGAGAACGAGACCACGCCGCUACGGCGACUCGAAGAGAAUGACGAGACGCCGAUACGCACAGUUGGAAUCCCUCAUUCUCCGAACACCACUGAUUUCUCGACCGGUUGCAGUGGCCAUGGAUGGGAAAGCGACAACGACGAUGUCGAGAUCCGAUCUUUUCCUCGUACUCCGCGAAGUGAACUGACAAAACCAAAUAGUCCAACUAAUGCCACCGAAGAGCCGGAGGAACCUCUUGUCAAGGCACAGCCUGAGGCUCCCGUUGUCAUGGCUGAGCCUGAGGUUCCAGUUGUCAAGGCAGAACUGGCAGCUGCUGAAAGCGAUGCUGCUACUGUUGCAGCAAUAAUCGGCGAACUAUUCGAUGGUCUCCGCGAAAACGGUAUAAUUCAUAAAUUGGAGUUAGACGAAUAUGGCUUGUCGGACAUUCCAAGUGGUUUCAGCAACAGGGAGGAAAUUAACAACAUGGACUUGGAACCGCCCCAACCAGCUACGCCAGACUCAACGGACAACCUGGAAGAACUUGAAGCGUGCCGCGAAGCGACUCAGAAGGCGUUGGAAGAGUUGGAUCAGUUAGAUAAGCGUAAGAAGAAGAAGCGAAAGCACAGGAGGGGUAAAUCUGAGGAAAGUGUUGCUGAAAAACGGACUCAAAGUAACAGUCCGGUCGAUGAUAAUCAAAAGGAAAACAAGCGCACCUCACGGGACAAUAAACGCACAAGCGAAGAGCAUCAACGGGACAGGAGACGCCACCACGAACACAAUCCAAUGGACGAUAGACGCCAUCACGAACACAAUCCAAGAGACGAUAGACGCCACCACGACGACAGUCAUACGUAUAACAGACAUCGACACGAGGAUAAACCAAGGGACAAGCGUCCACGCGAGGAUAAUCACAGGCUCAAAAGAGGCGAUCAUGACGCUAACCCACGAGACAAUGGACGCCACUAUGAGGAUAAUGAAAGGGAAAGUAAACGACUACGCGAGGAUUAUCAAAGCGAAAAAAGACGCCAUCAGGAGCAUAAGCAAAUAGAUAUUAAAAGUCUGCGCGAAGAUAAUCAAACUGAAGUCGAAGGCAAGCGUGAUCCCAGGGUGAGAGUAACAUUAAAUGGCCUGCCGCGCGUCGCCACAAUAAAACAGGAGUCGACGCCCGCGGUGGAUUCAGAUUCGGAGUUUGAGUGGAUUUAUGUUCGAGACGACGAGAGGCACAUCAAAGUCGUAAAUCUCGAGAAGUUGUGCCAGCAGGAGCAGAAUGAGGCCGUUGCGGAGGCGGCCAAUCCAGAGCCAUCACCACAAAAGCUGACAAAACGAGAAAAGGGCAACUUAGCCGAGAGUCGGGCCAAGCAAGUGCUCGAACUGUUCGAGCGGAAAAAAUUGGAGGAUCAGGAGGAGGAGUUCCUUAUGGUGGACACUAUACACCAAGUGCCUAAGAGCGAGUCCUUCAUGAGUAAAGAAGCCUUCGAGAAUCCCUCGCCGAUAUGCAACAACUACAAUGUGGUUUAUGAGUUCAAUUCGGCGCCGGGAACCAGGAUUGAUUUGGCUAAAUGGGGGCUGGAAGCGUUACCCGAUGGCACCAGGGAUCUGCUCCGGAUACUGGCCUACGAUGUGGAUCAUCUAAAACAGGCUCAGCUCAAGGCACAGCCAAACCAGCGCAUACUGAAACUAAAACAGGAACAGCUUUUCAAUUCACCAUUUUCCGAACCGGAGGAAUUCGAUUCUGCGGCCCUUUACAUGAAUGCAUCGACCCAAACGGACUUCAGGCCCCACACGCACAGCGUCGGCACUCAGGCAAAACUGGAGGGACAGCCGAGAGGUGCCUUCUGGCAGGAACCGGACUUCGACAUGACCUUUUUGACGACGCCCCAAACGAAUGUGAUGUUUUCUCUGCAAGAGCUCUGCCGAACACUGCCAAGCCCCGCGCAUGCCUUCAGACUCUACCAAGCCCUUCUACCUGCUCUGGUUAACAGGCGCGAGUUUCGAUCACAAAAAUGAAAAAACACUAUGUAUAUUGAUUCUCUUUUCAUUGUUUGUAUAAUUCGUAGUUCGUACAUAUAGAAACCAAAAAAUAUAUAACACUGUAGCACUUUA